AUGACUUCCGUCGCCCCACCCUACCCGCCCUUCUCGCUCCCAUCGGGCCAUUUCCUCUCCCUACCCCCAUCCUACGCUGGGCCCAGCACCUCCCCCUCCACCUCCUCGGCGCAAUCAGGCGGUCUCGCGCCCAAUACCGCCUCGCUCGCCUCGGCCGAUUUCGAGGUUGAUGUCCGCACGGGAUUCCUUCCGGGAUCGAAGAAUGUUGAGCGCCUCCCGCAGCCAUGGGAAAUAUGGGAGGAAGCGCUGGAUGCUGCGCGGGGAACUGCAGUAGGUGAUGGACUGAGAUUAGGGGGUGGGAGACCAAAGGAGGUGCUCUGGCGUGCGGGUAUUGAGGUGAUGGCGGUCGUCGACACCGAGGCUUUGCAAACCUCCAUGGGCCUCAUGCGGAGAGCGCACCUGGUCCUAUCCUUCCUCCUCCACUUUUACGCCCACACCUCCCCCUCGGACGCUCCCAGACCACUCGCCAUUCCCGCCUCCAUCGCCAUCCCAAUCCUCCAAAUCGCACCCAAACUCGGCCUCCCCCCUAUCCUCACCUACUCCGACACCGUCCUCUACAACUUUCUCCCCUCCCGCCCUGACGCCUCCGUCUCUAUCGUGAACCCGCCCGAACGCGCCCUGGUCACCUUUACAAACACGCGAUCGGAGGAGCAAUUCUAUGUGAUCUCAGCGCAGUGCGAGAUUGCAGGUGCGGAGGCACUGCGGAUCAUGCGUCAGUCACUGGAUGAGCUGUUUGUGGGCGAUGAUCUGGCGUUGCGGCGGCUGGCGGUGUACCUCCGGAAACUGGCCAAGCAGAUUGAUCGCGUCGGGGAUAUCACUCUCUCGAUGAUCCAGCAUAUCGAUCCAGAGGAGUUCUACCAUCUCAUCCGGCCGUGGUUCAAGGGCGGGGACGAUGGGCCGGGAAGUCUAGGGUGGGCGUUUAUGGGUGUACCGGACGAAGGGGUGGCGGCUGUCGCUGCGGCGGAGAAUACGGCGGACCGGGCAGAGGGCGUCAAGAGGGGAAAACUGUUCUCUGGGCCGAGUGCGGGUCAGAGCAGUCUGAUCCACGCGAUCGAUAUCUUCCUUACGGUCGAUCACUCCCCCUCGGCCGACGAAGUCCAAAAUGAGGCGUCGUUCCUGCAGCGCAUGCUUGAGUAUAUGCCGCUCGCGCACCGCUCAUUCCUCGGUCAUCUGGCGGACCACCCUACCCCCCUUCGGCCGGUCAUCACGCACUAUGCCAAGACGCACCCCAAACUCGCGGCGGCGUAUGAUUUGGCGCUGGAUGCGCUCAAGCGGUUCCGCGAGAAACAUAUGCGGAUCGUCAGUGUGUUUAUCGUACAGCAGGCGAGGAGGCAGCCUAGUGACCGGAUCAGGGUGUUGUUGGGCACGGCGGAAGAGGGUGAGGAGGUGGAGGUGGAGGUGGUACAGGCGGUCAGUGUCGAGGAGAUGAGGGGGACGGGUGGAUCGCCGCUCUUCAAGUUCUUGAAGCGGUGUAGGGACAAUACGACUAGAGCGAUGAUUGCCGCGCCAAAGGGGCCGGUGUACGAGUUGAAGUAG